AUGCCUUCGCAGAAAAGUAUUCAGGCGGGACUGUCGCUCAUUCAGAACGACAAGUCCAAGAUCCUUAGCUUGACCAUCGGAAGCCACGAAACCAUCGAGCCAGGGGUGUACAUACCCCGCGCUGAUGCCCAAUCACCCCCAAAGCUCUCUUUUCCCGGCCUUUCAACUGACAAGACCUACUUCGUCGUAUCUUUGGAUAUCGACGCACCUUUCCCAUCCUUUGGAGUCCUUGGCCCCAUCCUACACUGGAUCCAGCCUGGAGUCAAGGUUACGGAGUCAGGAGAGCUAGAUCUGAGUGGACCCUUUGUUGCUAAUUAUAUUGGUCCUGCGCCUCCACCGGGUAGCAGUCCCCACCGCUAUACUUUCUACCUUUAUGAAGAGCCAGCUGGGUUUGAUAUUGCAAAGUACGCUCCGGCCAAUGGUCAGAAAUUGGGAAACUGGUCUCGAAUUCGAUAUGACCUUGAUGCUUGGGCAAAGGAGAUCAAUUUGGGUCCUGUUCUGGCGUUCAACUAUUUUACCAGUAACUAG